CUAUUAUGAUAAGUAUGAUAGUCACACCUCUCAUGUGGUGGUGACUGAAGAUUUCUUGCGAGAUAUGACCACACCCAGAGUGGUGUUGGGGUAUGACUACACCCAUAGUGGUGUGGGGUAUGUAUGACCACAUCCGACGGGAUGUUGGGGUAUGUAUGACUACAUCCGACGGGAUGUGGGGUAUGUUUCCCAGGAGAGUUAUUAGUAUGGGAGUAGCCAGGCGCCUAUAAGUAAAACAUAAUAAGAUGCAUAUGCAUAAGUCAAGGUGGUUGAGUCUUUUUCCUAUUGGGAUGUCGGAGGGCUGAGGUCCGAUCCUAGUGUUUUGGCUUGUUUACUAGAUGUAUGGUAGGGGUAUGCUCUGUUAUGAACUCACGAUGCUAUGAUUAUCUCACUCAGCCAUGAGCUGACCCUCUUUUAUUCUUCUUCUCUGCUUAUGCUAUGUGUAAGCAUAUCAUCAGCAGCAGCAGUAGAUAAGUGUUAUGUGGGAGAGGAGCUGGAGUUUAAGCCAGGAUGAGGUAUGGUCUUCAACUAUUAUGUGCUUGGACGACUACUUGGGAUUUUGGCCAGUGAUCCACACCUUUUUGUAAAAUUGUUUUGAGAACGUUUUUCAUGUGCAUACUAGCUUCUGAUGUAGUGUGAGAUAUCCACAGGUGUGGAAAGUUGAUGAUAUGUGUAUAUUGUGUAAUUAGGUAAGUAGUGAUAAUUAUAGCAUGUAUCAGUAUAGUAUGCAGUUGUGUAGUAUGAAACUGUGACUAUGGCUAUGAAAAGCCAAUGCAUAUGGUUGUUAGUAUAUAUGUUUGUCAUUGAAUGCAUGGAUUCAGAUAAAUUAUUUUGCAGGUUUUAGUUACAAGAACUGUUAGCCCAUUACGCGAGUAAUUCAUGUCGAAAUUUUAUUUGGGUAAAUUUUGAUAAUUAAUGUAACACUCGAGAUUAUUUCCGCUGCAAUUGUAUGAACAAUAUGAUUAGGCAAAACGUAUAGGGUAUGGUGUUACAGUUUGGUAUCAGAGCCCUGUUCCCUCUUUUUACUGUUAUGGCGUACUAUACCCUGUGGGAGGUUAAACACUCCUAAGGAGGGGAGUACCCCAUAGUGACUUAAACUGGGAAUUGAGUUGACAUGAUUAUGUGUAUUGGUAUAUUGGAUGAAAUUAUCUGCAUCAUGGUUUUCAAAAUUGAGAUUUGAACUUAUUUGUUUUCAAGUAAUUAUUUUGGGAAAAUUUUGUUUUAACCAAGUAAGAAAGUGGGUGAAGAAUGAAUUUUGUGUGGAUCAAGAUAAGGCCAAUAUUUCCUUGUAGCUCGCACGGAAGUUGUGAAAAUGUUCCUACUGACCAGUCGAGAGGAGUGGUGGCGGUUGAUGCAAGACCGUCGGUAUUAGACUAUGCAAAGAUGAAGAGUUUGGGUGGUAGGGACUUCAAGGGAGAUGUGAGUCCAGAUGCUGUAGUAGAGUGGUUGAGAGAGAUGGAAGAUGUGUUUGAGUAUCUUUAUGCGACCCCAGAGGAAAAAGUGCAAUAUGUUGUUUUUCUCCUAAAGGGGUACGCGAGGAGCUGGUGGUCCUCAGUCUCUAGAGUUAAUGGUGAACGAGUUCAGUUCACCUGGGAGGAGUUCCUGAAGGCCUUUAAGACAGAGUUUCUUCCCGAAGCUUUUAUCAGGGCAAAGAACAAUGAAUUCGCCAACCUUAAGCAGGAGAAUAUGACAGUUACUGAGUACACCAUCAAGUUUGUUCGACUACUUUACUUUGAGGAUGGGUUGGCGGAUACUGAGCAUAAGACGAAGAUGAGAUACUUGCAUGGUCUGCGCAUAGGAUUGAAAGAAAAGAUCCACAGGGUUGAUGAAGAGAGCAUGGCCACAAUCAAGUAGGCAGCACUUAAGUAUGAAGCCUAUGAAGUUGAGAGCCGAGAGGAACACAAGGCCAAAGAAGAGGAGAAGAAGAGGAAGUUUGGAGUAAAUUAUGCUGGACCUC